AUGCAUACCUCUGGCCUGGUGCUGAACCUAGUCUUGAAAUAUCUGUGGCUAUCUCUACUAGUAGGUUAUUUCGCCAGGACGUGCUGGGACGAGAAUCCUGCGCCUAGGAAGUACAAGGGAUGCGGACAUACGGUGAAAGAGCCGGCGCAGCCACGCGUGGUCUGGUGCCCCGAGGCUUCACGGAGCGGUAGCCAGUGCGACGUGGUAAAGAAAUCAAGCAAGGCCAGCAGCACUACGAAGCGCAAGUGUCCCGAAUGCCGUGAAAAGGAAGAUAAGAAGAAGGACGAUGAAGGUACCGGUGCUGGAGGGACGGGUUCCUCUACAAUCGCGAGCGGCAUCUCGAUCGCGACACCUGCGUAG